UGCAUUCACAAUCCUCUGACCCCGGACCCUGCAUUCACUAUAUCCGGUCUCUCCCGGACCCUGCAUUCACUAUAUCCGGUCUCCCCGGACCCUGCAUUCACUAUAUCCGGUCUCCCCGGACCCUGCAUUCACUAUAUCCGGUCUCCCCGGACCCUGCAUUCACUAUAUCCGGUCUCCCCGGACCCUGCAUUCACUAUAUCCGGUCUCCCCGGACCCUGCAUUCACUAUAUCCGGUCUCACCCGGACCCUGCAUUCACUAUAUCCGGUCUCCCCGGACCCUGCAUUCACUAUAUCCGGUCUCCCCGGACCCUGCAUUCACUAUAUCCGGUCUCCCCG